AUGAUGGACAUGCAAGUGAGAAAAGUGAGGAAGCCGCCUGCUUGCACCCAGUGCAGGAAGAGAAAGAUCGGGUGCGACAGAGCAAAACCGAUAUGUGGGAAUUGCGUCAAGUACAAUAAGCCGGAUUGUUUCUAUCCGGACGGGCCCGGUAAGAUGGUAGCUGUGCCUUCUGCGUCCGGGAUCUCCACGCUUGGCAACGGCCAAGGUACCAACCAUUUCAAUCAGGGAAACGGUGGGAGCCAGAAAAACGUGAUGAUUCAGACCCAGUACCCGAUCAUGCAAACGUCGGUAGACCCUUCUAACUUCACCUUUAGCACUGCUAUAGACACCAGCGCGCAAUGGAACAAGACCGCCAGCUACCAAAAUACCACUACUAGCAAUAAUACCGCACCUCCUCAAAUUAACAGUAACGUUAAUAAUACUGCUCACGCCAGCACCAUUGUAAGAACUGAUAGUCCUGAUGUGCCCUCCAUGGACCAAAUCAGAGAAUACAACACGCGACUACAACUGAUCAACGCUCAAAAUUUUGACUAUGCGGACAACCCAUACUCUUUCAAUGUGAGCUUGAAUCAAGACUCAGCAAUUUUCGAUCUAAUGACUUCUCCGUUCACACAAGAAGAAGUCUUGCUCAAGGAAAUGGAGUUUUUGAGAACUAAGUUGAUUGACUUACAAAAUCUGCAAUUGAAAAGUUUAAAAGAAAAAUCUAAUCUAAUCACUAGUAGUGCCACCACGAACAAAAUCACCAAGAUGGGACAUGGUUACAAGAAAGGUCUGGCCAAUGGUAAGGGAGCUGAAUUGGACCCUCCAAAUUCUGCUUCCUCUUUGUCGUCGCAAAAGUACUUUACAGCCUUAACAAUAACAGAUAUACAAAGUUUGGUUCAGGUGAAACCAUUGAAGGACACUCCAAAUUUUCUUUUCACCAAAAAUUUCAUUAUCUUGAGAGACAAUUAUCUGUUCAAGUUCUAUAACAUUUUGCACGAUAUUUGCCAUAUCAAUCAGUUCAAAUUGAGCCCAGGUGAUGACAACGAUCACAAAAUAUUUGCGGAAAUUGAUAAAGUAAAGUUACCAUCAAAGCCCACAAUUGUCGAGGCAUUGGGCACUGCAGCUGCUGAGAAUCUAAGUUUUGGAGACUUCCUGCCAAUAUUUAAAAUAUCGGACUUGUUGGACUUCGUUAACGGGCUUUUCUCCGAAAGUGAGUCUGAUCAAUCCUUCUCGACAACUGAUUUAUCAUUGUCUCAGUUAGCUAAACUAGGUCAACUGAACGUAGUUCUGUUGAUGCUGAACGAUUCAAUGACUUUAUUCAAUAAACAAGCCACCUCUUUUAACGUUUCAGAAUUAAUGAAUAAUUCAAAGUUGAUCCGAAGCCGGAUCAAACUGAUAGACCUGAAAUCUUAUGACGAAGAAACAAUUAAAUUCAUUGCCAUAGCGAAGUUUUACGAAACUCUAAACAUACAUGAUGAUCGCAAGUCAAAUUUAGACGAAGACUUGGACUGUCUGUUAAACUUCCAGAUACAGGAUUUUGGAUUAUUCCAUUUCUUGAAAAAGAUGUAUUACUUGAGGCAUUCACUUUUAGGUCAGUCCUCAUUCAUGGUAUCCACCAUUGAAAAUUUAUCGCCAAUACCUUCUUUCAUGGAUACAAAUGAUAUACCUUUAAUUGCCAACGAUUUAAAACUGUUGGAAACACAAACAAAAUUGAUAAAUAUUCUACAAAAUAUUCCCUUCUAUUUGCCAGUAAAUUUAUCCAAAAUCAAAAGUUUACUAGAAACAUUGACUACAGGGGUGAAGAAAUUACUGAGUUCUAACGGUGAAGAGGCUAGUAAAGAGUGGAAUGAUAUCUUAAACUUCAUUAACACCAUAGUCUACACAAAUUUUUUUCUUUUCAUUCAAAACGAAUCAUCCUUACCAAUGGCAGCUCAACAGCCGUCUAACAAUAACAAAACACAGAGCAAUGAAAAAUGCGCAAAGAACUUGAUGAACAUCAUUAGUUCCAUGCACAUUUUUUAUUCAAUUUCAUUCAACUUUAUUUUUCCCAUUAAAUCAAUAAGGUCAUUCUUAAAUGGCAAUCAGCGUUUCCACGCAAACGGUAAUGAGUUUUUGUCCACCGACCAGUUUGUUCGAAUCUUGCAGAAUUUCAUAAUGAUAACUUUUGCCAUUUUCCAACGUUGUGAGGUAAUAUUAUAUGACGAGUUUUAUAAAAGUCUUUCUAAUGAGGAAAUCAAUGUUCAAUUGCUAUUGAUACAUGACAAAAUCUUGGAAAUUUUGAAAAAGCUAGAAAUUAUCGUUUCUUUCUUAAGAAACGAAAUGAAUUCUAACGGAGACUUCAAAUCUAUCAAAGGCUUCAACAAAGCUUUGGAUUCUAUCAAGUAUAUGUUGAGAUUCAGCAAGAAAAAACAAAAUUUCGCAAGAAACUCCAAUAAUAACAAUGCUACAGAUUAUAGUCAGUCAGCGAAGAACAAAAACGUUCUCUUAAAGUUUCCGAUCAACGAACUAAACAGAACCUAUUUGAAGUUCAAAGAAAUUUCGGAUUUCUUAAUGGAUAGAGAAAUUUUCCAAAAAAAUAUAAUUAUUGACAAGGAUUUGGAAUCAGACAAUUUAGGGAUUACUACGGCUAACUUCAAUGAUUUCUAUGACGCAUUCUAUAAGUAG